AAAAACUAAAUUAGAAAAAAAAAAUGCCCUUUCUCGCCGUGCGAAGGCCGCGAACAAUGGCGACCACGGCCUUUUCCGUCUUCCUCUGCUGCUUCAUCUUCUUCUUCACCUUCCCUUACGCAUCCUCGUCGUCAAUGGAGGCGGAGUCGGAUGUAAGGGAGUCCUUCCCCAUGGAUGGGGACGUCGCCUGGGUCGUCCAGAUCUCCGACCUCCACCUCAGCGCGUACCACCCCGACCGUGCUUCUGACCUUGUCCGCCUACUUGCUCCCGCGCUUCGAAUUAUACGCCCCGCGCUUCUGCUGAUCACCGGGGACAUCACAGAUGCCAAAAACAAGAGAAGAACAACAACAAGGCAAGAUUUAUCAGAAUGGAUCCAAUACAGAAACAGUAUGGAAGCAGUUGUCAAUCAUAGUGGUUUGGACAAGAGAAUAAUAUUUGAUAUAAGAGGCAAUCAUGACAAAUAUGGAGUUCCACAUGUUGGACAUCCGCUUGAUUUUUUCUCAGUCCACAGUGUUAGCGCACAACUAGGAAGGCUAAGCACCAUCCAGAGCAUCUCUCUUGUGGGCAAUGAUCGAAAAUAUGUGUUCAUUGGCAUUGAUGAUACAAUUAGCAUUGGAAUUCGGGGACCAUCAAAUUUAUUUGGUCAUCCAACUGAUAGAAGAGCUGCCGCUGUUGAAUCUGAAUUGCAGUAUUGGGAUAUUUAUCCCAAUAAUUUAGUGACAAAAGUUUUAUUUGGGCAUUAUCCAAUGUCUUUUACAGCUUCAACUGAAAAGGGGCAGCGUUAUGAAAAUUUAUUUGCAAAAUAUUUAGUUUCCUCGUACAUUUGCGGACACCUUCAUGCAAAGAUAAGCAAACAACUUUGGAGAUUCCAUUCAUCAAAAUCAUCUUCUGAUGAUAAGGUUCCCAAAAUGAGUAGGAGCUUUUGGGAGUGGGAAUUAGGAGACUGGAAAGAUUCUAGAUUGAUCAGAAUUCUUGCCAUUGAUGGAGGAGUGGUCUCUUUCCUUGAUAUUGAUUUUCUCAGAAAAUUUGAAGUUGAGGAUGGUUUUCAAACAACUAUUCUCAUAACAUAUCCUGUUGACUCAAGAAUGAUGAAUGCUGAACAUAACAAUCACUCACUCAGAAAUGAUAUUAAUGCUCUUGUCUUUUCCUCCCAGAAAAUAAUUAAUGUGACUGCUAAGGUGUUUGAUUCAUCUAGGAACUACAAAACAGUCGAAGAAGUGCCUUUGCAGCUUAUUGAUAUUGCAUCUAACAAGCUACUAUUUUGUGGACGAUGGAAUGCUGAAAAUUACCGGAGUGCAUCAGCAACACGUUACGUAUUACAGGUCUCUGCUUUGGACUCACAGGGCAAGGAGACUACAAGCAACCUUAGACCAUUUUCUGUGGAAGGUAAACAGGCACCUUAUCGAAGUACAUUGCUUGCUUAUUUGAUUUUUGAAGUCGAGUGGGAGAGUUUAUAUUCGGUUCUUCUAUGGAGCAAUAUUUGCUUUCUUCUUGUACUUUUGUUUCUUCCAAAAGUUUCGAAUUGCCAUAUUGAGAAAUAUGCAUCAUAUCAGUCCAUUUCGUUGUCGAUCCAGCAGCAAAAGAACCUGUUUGUGAUAUACCAGGUCUUGAUGGAGGGUUCGAGGAACAGAGUAUCAUGGUUUUCUAUGUUGAUAUAUCUUAUUUGCCUACUCAAAUUCCCAUGGUUUUGGGGUUAUGCGACAUCUGAGAAUGGCGACAUUGCUAGUAUGUAUUUAUCCGGAUGGAUGGUGCCUUCACCAGAUGGUCAACAGAAGUUGGGAACUCCUGAUAUAAUGCUUAUCACAUUGCCUUUCCUGUACUUGGUGGUCACACCCAUGUUUGUUCUUAUCUAUAGUCUCUUUGCAGAAAGAUCAGCAUUUUACUCACAUCUUCUUGGGAAAUCAAAAUGCCGGAAUGAACCAAUGCCUCGUAUUGAGUCAGAACAAAUAUCACAACUUGCGACCAUGAUUCCAUCGAACUAUCAAAAUUUAUCCCCAACAUGUAAGAUUUGCCGUGGUUGGAUGAGGAGGUUCCUUCUGCUUGGUUGUCUAGUUGUUGCACUCACUCAUUGUAAGCUAUGCCUAACCCUCAUGCUUGCCUAUGGAUUUCGGCCGGUUUUGUUAUCACCUGCCUUGUCAUGGGCACCACUGUUACUUCUUGUGGGAGCAUAUAUGUGUUCAAUGAGUGUCAACAUGGAGCCCUAACAACAAUGGCAACCAAAGCACUUAUGUCUUCAUGUAAACUUUGAAUUAUUAGUCAUCAUACGAUUCACAUCUACCAUCUUAUAUCAUGUAGACUCUAUUUGUACCAUAGACAAGCUGGCUCAUAAACAAAUGUCCACAUGAGGCGCAGUUAUGUUUCCUGGCAUGGCUUUGUAUGUUCUAGUGUUUCUUUAUUUUCCUAAUUCUUGGCAAAGGCUAGUAUGUAAUCCAGGCAUGGUUGGGGGUUAUUCCUUUUAAUGAUUAUCAAUGAACAAUGCAAUA